AUGUUCAAAGCUAUUCAGAAGCGGGCCAAAGAGCGUCGACAUCUCGAGCGACUGUCUAUCACGGCCCACACGUACGGCUUUAUACACCACUCAUGGCUUCAUCUCAUGGCAUUCUUGCGGCUUCGCAGAGAUGGAAGACCUGAAGUCUACCCUUACGAAUCGGAGUGGAAGAGUUUCCCGUUGACCACGAGCGAAUUUGCUCAGCUGAAGGAAGAUGAGAAGAAACCAUUAAAAGCGUGGACACAUCCGCCUUGGGGGUAUGCUCUGAACAAGGAACGACACGACUACGAUCCGAGAAGACAGGAGUUAGUGCUUCGUCUUCACGGGUUUGUCCACCAGAAAAUGCUCUUUGAGAUCAAGAUGAGAAUGAACGCAGAAACCGAAGCUUUGGCUCAGAGACUUGUCAAGGAGCAUAGCGAAGACGAGGUGGCGCAAUACUUGGAAGACAUAAGGGGCUGGCAAGGCAUACAUUCGCCAUACGAAGUAGGCGACAGUGACACUAAAAUCACAGCCUGGCGCAGCCCUGAUCUGACCUUCUGCCACCGACUUGCCGACGUGCCACCGUUGUUGGUCGUGGAGGUGAGCUACCCAGUGUUGAAGUGA